GUCUGAAUACCCCAAAAAUAUAUUUUCUCCUGUUAAAUUUUGUGUCGAGAGACAAGGUGGGUGGCUUCAUUUUACAGUUGCAAAAUUAUGCUGCAGAAGAUUUUAGUUUGUUCUCUUCCUUCGUGCAGGGAUUUUUUGUCAUUCUUUCGUGGAUGCCGAUCUACUUCAAAACGAUAUAUCAUGUUGACCUCAGACAAGCUGCAUGGUUUAGUGCUGUUCCAUGGAGUAUGAUGGCUCUCGUAGGCUACUUUGCUGGAGUUUUAUCAGAUAUGAUGAUUCAAAGUGGCACAAGUGUCACUCUGACUCGCAAAAUUAUGCAGUCAAUAGGAUUUGUUGGUCCUGGUUUGGCUCUUAUUGGUUUAACGAUGGCAAAAACUCCGUUAAUAGCAUCUGCUUGGCUUACUUUAGCUGUUGGGCUGAAAGCAUUUAGUCAUUGUGGCUUUCUUGUGAAUCUUCAGGAGAUUGCCCCACAAUACUCUGGUGUGUUACACGGUAUGUCUAAUACUGCUGGCACACUAGCUGCUAUAGUGGGAACAGUUGGUGCUGGUUUCUUCGUCGAAUUAGUGGGCUCCUUCAAGGGCUUUUUGCUGCUCACUUCAUUCCUGUAUUUCUCCGCAGCUUUAUUCUGGAAUGUCUACUGCACUGGAGAGAGGGUCGAUUUCAAUGAAACUGCUUAACGGCCUUCAGAUUUUGACCGUUUCUUGUCGCCAAUUUGGACAACAGUGUUAGAUUUAGAACUUAAAAGGGCUUUACAAAUCAUGAAUAUAUGUUAAAAAAAAUGUAGAUUGUCUUUCAUAUUUUGUAUAUAAUUGACUGUGCCAGCGCACCCGACAGACAAGACAGGAGUGUAAAUAAGAAUCUCCUUUUUUUGGCUAGUUUUUGUCAGUGAUCUUAAGAAUAUGAAACUAGUGUCGGUUCAUACCGAUUUUUAUACAGUCUGUCGUGGCAAAAUUUCUCGACUGAUGCCAAAAUUAUUAUUUCUCGUUGGA